AUGAAAUCAACUAUAACUCUCCAAGAAGUAGUGAAUAAAUUAGAUCAUCUCGCUUCACCGUUACCUACCAGAAUGCCUAACAUUAAAGUUUUUAGUGGUAGCUCCCAUCCCGACUUAGCGCAAAAGAUUGUGGAUCGACUCGGAAUUGAUCUCGGCAAAGUGGUAACCAAGAAAUUUAGCAACAUGGAAACGUGUGUUGAGAUCGGAGAAUCCGUUCGCGGUGAAGAUGUUUACAUCGUACAAAGUGGCAGUGGUGAAAUUAAUGAUAAUUUAAUGGAAUUAUUAAUUAUGAUCAAUGCUUGCAAAAUAGCAUCCGCAUCUCGUGUUACUGCUGUCAUCCCGUGUUUCCCGUACGCUAGACAGGACAAAAAAGAUAAAAGCAGAGCACCUAUUACUGCCAAGCUUGUAGCUAAUAUUUUAUCAGUAUCUGGUGCUGAUCAUAUUAUAACUAUGGAUCUCCAUGCAUCACAGAUUCAAGGUUUCUUUGACAUUCCUGUCGAUAACCUCUUUGCGGAGCCAGCGGUGUUGAAAUGGAUUAAGGAAAAUAUUCCUGAUUGGAAAACUAGUAUUGUGGUCUCACCAGAUGCUGGAGGUGCCAAAAGAGUAACAUCUAUAGCUGAUCGCUUAAAUGUUGAGUUUGCCCUUAUUCACAAGGAAAGGAAAAAAGCAAAUGAAGUUGCAUCAAUGGUAUUGGUCGGAGAUGUUAAAGAUCGCAUAGCCAUUUUAGUAGAUGAUAUGGCAGAUACCUGUGGAACUAUCUGCCAUGCUGCUGAGAAGUUGAUUGAAGCUGGAGCAAUUAAAGUGUAUGCCAUUCUAACUCAUGGCAUUUUCUCCGGGCCUGCAAUUUCAAGAAUUAACAAUGCAUGCUUAGAAGCGGUUGUCGUCACAAAUACUAUUCCUCAGGAAAGGCACAUGCAGGAAUGUCCUAAAAUACAAUGUAUUGAUGUAUCAAUGAUGUUAGCUGAAGCUGUAAGGCGCACUCAUAAUGGGGAAUCCGUUUCGUAUUUAUUCUCAAAUGUUCCAUAU